UCUCCAUCGCUCCCGGUGCUGCGCGCCCUCCCGCCUCCGCCCAAAAUGGCGCUGCCCCGCGAAAGGGCCGCGGCCGCCGCCUCCGUCCCUGCUCCCUCCGGGAGCUGAAGUCAUUUCUCGGGCCAGGCGCGUCCCCGAGGGGCCGUGCUGUGUUCUCCUGCUCGUCCUGUCUCUUUUUCCACAAGAAGGUUGUGAGCGGUACCGCGCGGAAGGCGCGGGCCUGGCCCGGGACAAUUCCCACGAGCAGAGCAAAGCGCAGCGAGCGCACGGAGCAAGUGCCUCUCGCGUCUGUGCCAGGAGUUGGGAACCACUGGCAUGGGAAGUUGGCUGCGGUGUGCUCUACGUUACUCCCUCUGGCUUUCUCAUUAAGCCGGUUCAGGAGGCUUGGGUGCAGAACAGAUCUUCCCUGAGUAGUGCCCAGCCUCACCUGCCUGCUCUGUCAGUCGGCAAUGCUUUUCAGACACCAGUGAAUCCUGUGGCAACUUCAUCUGAUGACUUUUAUGGAGGUGUCUGUCGAGAGACUCCCACAGUUGCAUUCGCCAUUGGAAUAAGCAUCGACUCCGGUGGAGUUACACCCACUCAUGCCAGCAGUAGAAACUGCAGUGUUUUGCAGGAAAUGGAUGUCAUCCAGAAACGGGAUGAAAACUGUUACUGCUACGUGCAAAACAGAACCAUUCACUUACAGUACAUUUGGUCAACUCUUCAGGUAAAAGUUGACAGCAGAGAAGCGUUCAGGUUUGAGCCUAUUUCAGAAAAAAGCAACUGUCGUAAUUCAGAAACUGUUUUUGAGUUUGCGGCAUGUGCUGUUCAAAUCUUCUGGAAACCAGAGACAUCUACAGAAACUGUCCUAAACGUAAAACAAUAUGGAGAGGAUAUUUGUUUCAAAAUACAGCCCUUCAAAACCGAACCGUACACCGUGAGCGUGAAACGAGAAAUGCUAGAUGGAAAGCUCUUGGUUUUGUUUGUAGCUGGCAUUCUUCUGUUCCAUUUUGCAAACAGCCUGAGCAGGAGUACCAAGUUCUUUUACCUUUCUGGAAUAACACUGGGUGUUCUUGCUCUGCUAGUCUUUAUCCUGUUGACACUUAAAAGGUUUAUUCCAAGGCACAGUACCUUCUGGAUCUUAAUGAGCGGCUGCUGGAUGUCCUCUCUCUAUUUUGUUUACUGCUUCAAGGAAAACAUGCAGUGGUUGUGGUCUGAACACAGAAACUACUUGUUGGGGUAUUUUCUGGCUGUUGGAAUUGCCAGCUUCGCCGCUUGCUACCAGCACGGACCGCUUACCACUGAACUGAGCAUAACCUUGUUCGCAUGGACGCUACAAUUAACAGCCUUUGUCCUGAUUUAUUGUGGUGUCACCAUACCUCAAGUUGCAUACGCAGUAAUAGCGGUCAGCCUCUGUUCAAAAGGCCUGGGUUACCCCCUCGGUGCUGCUUGUCACAUAGGCAGAAAAAUGAAGAAUCACUUUAAAUCAAAAAAGUUAGUGUUUAAAUACCUCACGGAAGAGGAGUAUCGAGAACAAGGUGAAACAGAAACUAUCAGAGCUCUGGAGGAGCUACGCUCAUUCUGCAGGAACCCUGGCUUCCCGUCAUGGUUAGCUGUAUACAAACUCCAGUCCCCACACAGGUUUGCAGGUUUUGUUCUCGGAUCUCCCCACGUCUCACGUGCAGAAAUAAAGGCACAUGAGGAGGAAUACGGCAUUGGAAGCUUCUUCCUGGAAGAGCAGCUCUUUGAGAUGAGGGCAGAAUCUGAGCAAGGUGAUCCAGCCAAUUCCGUCCAUGAAGGAGAUGUGGAGGAUGAAGAUGAAAUGCAUCAACAGAUUUCAUUUCCAUAUGCUACUGAGUUGCUCUGA